UGUCUGGCUAUAAGAGUGUAUCUAGGUCUCUGUUUUGUCUUCUUUUUCUCUCCUUCUAAAGAACGCACCAUGGCUGCAGGAUUGUUUCUCGUGGUAGUCUUGUCUCUAUUUUCUCUUUUUGCAGCCAACGAUGAGCUUGCUGGAAGUCCAGAAAACAUUGAUCCCAACAACCAAGAUGUUCUGAAAGCUGCCACAUUUGCUGUUAAUUCAUUCAACCAACAAUCAAAGAAGGACUAUGAAUACAAGCUUGUGAAGGUUGUGUCAGCGAAAUCCCAGAUUGUUGCUGGAGUAAUCUAUACUUUAAAUGUAGAAAUUGGAAAGACAGACUGCAAGAAAGGCACCACAAAUGACAUACAAUCCUGCAGUUUGAUGCAAGACUCACACCUUGCUCAGACCUUAUUCUGCACAUUUGGAGUACUGGAAGUCCCAUGGGAGCAUGUGGAAAACCUUCUUUCAUUUUCCUGCAUGGCCCACUGAUGAAACAGUCACUGACAACUGAAAUGAGUGUAUGUUUUCAUGCAGAAACAAUUCUAAAUGUAAUAAACUGCAAAGAUCUGUGUUUUCAAUC